UUUCUCAGUUGUGUUUGCACGGUCAGUUGAUCAUCUCAUUGGGGCUCGAAAUUAUCAGUUAUACUCCCUUUUAUCGCAUUUUUAAUCCCGCGUGGAUCUUCAAAGUGAAUUUUACAGUGUAACUGCAACAGCAGUGGAAUGUUACACUGAAUACCAAAGGAUUUUUGCCCGGACAGUCCUCAAGAAUCAAAAGGAAUUCACUCCUGCAUUGCAGCCGCUGUAUUCAGCGAUAAACUGUUAUUAUUAUCAUAAUUUUGACACCCACGACAGUCGCAUGGUUUCAUCAGCGCAAUUUCACUCCGGACGUGAUGAAAAAUUAAAAGAGAAAGAGCGAUGUAAAAGCACAAUGUGCUCGUGGUUAAUUCAAAAUCUAAGUCAUCUCGAUACAGCUAGGCAUGGUUGAAUGGAUCCGUGUCGUCACGAGUAUGAAUCAUCGUUUUGAAUGAGGAGAUCGUAGACAGCACCAUGUAAAUGCAGAGGAGAAGAAGACCUCAAUAAUGAUCAACUUGUAGAGUUUAUUCGCAAGAAAAUCGAACACAUCGGUAGAAUGACGGCCAUGACGCAGGAGGAAAUAGUGGCCGGGGCUCGAACGGUGGCCCAGGGUCUUGAAGCACUCCGUGUGGAGCACACAGGACUUCUACAGGGCCUGCAGUCCCAGGAAGCCCCCGAAGCCAGAGACAAAGUUAGUUUACUGUGUAAAAACAUUGAAAUGAUUGAGCUGGGUCUUGGUGAGGCACAAGUUAUGAUGGCACUGGCGAAUCAGCUGCAGAUGGUUGAGGCUGAGAAACAAAAGCUCAGGACACAAGUUAGAAGGCUCUGCCAGGAGAAUGCCUGGCUGAGGGAUGAAUUGGCAGGGACACAACAGAAGCUUCAAGCUAGUGAACAAGCAGUUGCCCAAUUGGAGGAAGACAAAAAACACCUAGACUUUAUGAAUGAAAUGCGUCAGUACGAUCCUGAUCCUCCAGCUGAUGAUGAGAAUGCAAAAGACAGGCCAAAGGACGAUCCUGUCGUUGACCUCUUUCCAGACGAUGAGGCCGACGAUCGAAAUAGUAAGUCAAUGUCCCCAACGCCACCCUCUCAAUUUGCGCAGCAGGUCAAUGCAGGAUAUGAGAUUCCAGCGCGUUUGAGAACACUUCACAAUCUUGUAAUUCAGUACGCAAGUCAAGGACGUUAUGAAGUAGCUGUUCCUCUUUGCAAACAAGCACUCGAAGAUCUUGAAAAGACAUCGGGUCAUGAUCAUCCAGAUGUUGCCACAAUGCUCAACAUUUUAGCACUCGUUUAUCGUGAUCAAAAUAAAUACAAAGAGGCUGCCAAUCUUUUGAAUGAUGCUCUUGCUAUUCGUGAGAAAACACUUGGGGAGAAUCAUCCGGCAGUUGCUGCAACGCUGAAUAAUCUUGCUGUGCUUUAUGGGAAACGAGGAAAGUACAAGGAAGCCGAGCCUCUCUGCAAGAGAGCACUUGAAAUUCGGGAGAAGGUGCUUGGUAGAGAUCAUCCUGAUGUAGCCAAGCAAUUGAAUAAUUUGGCACUUUUGUGCCAGAAUCAGGGAAAGUAUGAGGAGGUGCAGAGAUACUACCAGAGAGCCUUGGAAAUUUAUGAAGCCAAACUGGGUCCCGACGAUCCCAAUGUUGCCAAGACCAAAAAUAAUCUCGCCUCGUGUUAUCUUAAGCAGGGAAAAUAUAAGGAUGCCGAAGUUCUUUAUAAACAGGUUCUCACAAGGGCACACGAAAGAGAGUUCGGAGCUAUUGAUGGGGACAACAAACCCAUCUGGCAGGUUGCCGAAGAGCGAGAGGAGAACAAGCACAGAAACAAAGAAAAUGCUCCUUAUGGAGAAUACGGUGGCUGGCACAAAGCUGCCAAAGUAGACUCUCCGACAGUUACUACUACCUUGAAAAACCUUGGGGCACUCUACAGAAGACAGGGAAAGUACGAGGCUGCUGAGACACUCGAAGAUUGUGCAUUGAGAUCACGAAAAGAGCACUUGCAGCAGGCACUGGAUCUUGUAAAACAGGCAAAGGUCGCACAAAUUCUUGGUGAUGAGAAAGGCACAACCAGACGUGGUUCACGAUCAAGCCUGGCAAAUAGUGAGCACGAGCAGCAUGACGAGGGAUCCAUUCCGUUGGUACAGAGGACACUACAUGAUGGACAAUCCAGCCACAAUGAAGCUAGUCCCAACAAACCCGGUUUGAAAAAUAAAUUCUUUCACGUACUCGGUAUUCACUCGUCGACGUAGGAUUGUUAGGUUUUAUUCAAGUUAUUUUUUAAUUUCGUUAUUAAUCAUUAAUCUUUAUAAAAGUAUUUUAUACAAUUUUCUAUGCUUUGGACUGACAAAAAAAAGGGCAAUUUUCUGGAAAAUUUUGGUUCGGUCAAUUACAAGAGUUGAUGAUUUUUAUUAUGAAUGAUUUGGGAGGUAGAAAUGGUGCUAACCAAAUUAAUUUGACUUUUGAAAACUCGAGUUGCCUUACGAUUGAAUAUUCUCUCAGGUAGGUGCUUAUUAGCCGAGCAUUUAAGGAAAUGAUUCAGAUGGGUGUUGUUAAUGUUACAGGAGAGAGAUUGUGAAUAUUAGAUUGUUUUUUUUUUCUUGAGAUUACGAUAGAGUAGGAACGAGCUACAAACAUUUAAACGUAAUAAAUGUGAGGAAUUAAUAUUCACACAGACAGAUGUACAUGUUCCUUUGCUCUGCUCUCAAUUCUAGAAGUUGAUUGAAUAAUCUGGGAUUGUCUUCAUUUUAGUAUUCAAGGGGAACACACUCUUUAGGUACUUCAAAACAGGAGCAUACAAAUCUGCGUUUUACAUAAUUCUGAUUGCAUUUUAGGAUUUAAGAUCACUAUCAUUUUCUCCAUGGGAUUUUAUUCAGUUGAAUUGUAUCAGAUCUACUCAUUUUUCGAUUAUGUGAGAUACAUUAGCUUAAAUUUCAGAGCUAUUGUUAGUUUGAAUCAUCACAUGUUAUGAUUUUCGUAAUUCCCCUGUUUUCUUUUUCACCAUCAUUAAUCAUCAGUGACUUCCAGAAAUAAUAUAUUUGAGAUUACGUAGUGCCUUGAUACUUUAAUGGAAAAAUAUUAUACAUGAAAAAAUAAAUUAUUUUGCAAUGAAAGUGAAAAUAAGACGUUAGCAAAUUUCUUGAACCCACGGAAAUCAAUACUAGUAAAACUAUUUUAUGAUAGUAAUGGCUACAAGUCUAUCUGUAUUUUCUAAAACUUGAAAAUACCAAAAACAAAAAACAUGAUUUCAUCGUUUCUAUAUUUGUGCGUUGUCGUAUUUUUUUUUCUUUUUGUUCGCUUUGAUUAUGAGUAUACCGCGGCCCGGGGGCUUUAGGGUGAUAAGGAGGAAUCCCAGAGAAGGAACAACAAGUCGACUCAAUGACUGGGGCUCACUCAAAUUCAUGGAAAUGACAAUAAAAGUUCGAAAUAUAUAUCAGGAACGAAAGCAUACGGUUCGUGCGCAGUAAAAUCCAGUCAGCGUCAGUCGAAGGAAUAAAGAAUGAUGAGAAUGAUAUUUCAUUAAUGAUUAGUGGUUAGGUUGUCCCAGAAGAAGGAAUAAAGUGGUGGUUUUGUGGGACGCCUGGAUUUUUUUACAUUCAAAGACAGAAAAUAAAAUUGCUUCGAUGCCUGGAACUGUUAAUUUAUCGUAAAUAAACAUUCCAGCCUCUGCUUUCAACGAAAAUUAUUGAGAAAAUGUUAAUGCAUUGGAUCCAUCCGCAUUAAAAUAUUCCCGGCUUUGUGAAACAUCCCGAUACUACGAAUAGGCCAAUUGAUCAACUCUGACUGAAUGAAUUCAUCAAAUCAAAAACAACUUAUUGCACGUAACUAUUCCAUUCAUCAUUUCAUGUGAAACUGACUAUUGUGAUAUGAACUAGAAGAAGGAAGUUCAUCGAUUGGGAAUAAUAAUUAGUUCAUAUCAUUCAAACUACUAAUUAAGUUAUUGAUUUUCCUUACUUUUUAAUUAAUGAUUAAUAAUUUAUUUCACGUAAAAAGUAAAAUCUGAUGAACAAGAAAAUCAUUUGUCACGAGAUGAGUAUAAAAUCGUGCAAGUCUGAAUUUCACAUUUUAAAUAUUCGAUGCCACGGGUGUGAUGAUUUAUAAUUGAUAGUUUCUUGUAUUGUUCAUUAAUUUAUUCGGCAGCUAUUUCUUAAGAUAAAUAUAUAAUUUCCGGGUUAACGCGUUGGCUUCUGGAUUAUUCAGAAGCUACGGGUUCAACUGUCUACCACUGAAAAUAAAGUGAAACAGAAUUUUCUGUCUUUUUGGCAUAAAGACACGAAAGUUUUGGGAUGAAUUUGGAUUUUAAUAUAAUUUUUAGUACUUUUAAUCGUAGUCUCAGUCGACAGUGCAAUGUAAAGUUGAAAACUACAAAGGAAAUAUAUUUUAUGGAAGAGAGUGAUAACAAGUCGAUACGGAUGUGAUUCAGCGGCUUAUAUGAGGCGUAUAAACCCUGAAUUUGUAUUUCCAUUAAUAUUUUCAUGUCUUUCUUUCUAAUUACAUGAAAUUAGGAAGUGCAUUGUCACAUUUCCACAGCAAAAAAGUUGGGCCUUUCUUUUUUUUUUCUCGAGUACACAUUUAUUAUUUGAUACUUGAAGGCUCUCGACAUUCCGAUAUCUGGAAAUUUAUAAAUGGAAUAAUGUAUUGCAAGCGCCCCUGAGCGCUUGAAGGCCUAUCAUUUUGUACUGCAAGACUCAUUUUUCGGGGCUCAUUUUUUGGGGGCAAUGAGUGUUAUUCGCAAUUUAUAGAUUAUCACAUGAGAAUUAAAGCUUUACCGUCCUAUUCAUUUGACUUUUGGUUUUUCAAAUGAAGUGCAGUAUUUUAAACAUGAUGCGCUAAUUUAUAGGGAGUUUGAUAACUCACUGCUGAAUACAUUUUCGUGCAUCACGAUUAUGCAAGUAUUAAUCGAUAAGAAUAACAGGGCCGUGUUUACGAAAAAUGUCAGGUCGGAGUGAAAAUAAAGAGAGAAGUGGGUACAUUUUCUCUUGUUUGGUAAUCGUACAAACGUCAAUCUCCUUUGAAAUUAUUUAUCAAGAUGCCUUACCUUUUUAUUUCACUCGAAAACUGAUAUUUAGGGCUACAGAAAAGGUCUUCUGGCUCUCAGGUGCAAUCAUUGUUAAUUGAUGAUCUGGUAAUGUAGCUUUGGUUUAUAACAAAAUGAAAUAAAAAACAUUUUAACUUGUACAAAAAUAAAUGGAGAAAUUCAUUAUUAUAUAAACCCGAAAUAAUCCUUAAAUAUUUGUUCCAUUAAUUGAUUUUAUUCUCGCUUCAAAUCUAAUCACAUUUAUUACACCACAAUGACACUCAAUAAUUUAAUCACGUGUUUCAAUUGAUGAGUCGUUAAAAUCCACUAUAAUGGCAAUUGGAAACUAUAAUAAUAUCAUUACAACUAAUUUGGGAAGUAUAAAUAUCAUAUUUAUUAUUCAAUUUUAUGUUUUUAGUACUCUCAGCGGAUGUAACU